AUGGCCCCAACACUGAACGCCAGGUCAAUAGUCAUCUUCAUAUCCGCAUCAGUCUUCCCAUCUUCAACUUCCGCACACACACACCCAUUCUCAGAAGACCCCAACCCCACCGAACUCAUCCUCUCCAUCGGCACAUUCAUAUCCGUCGCCCCUAGCUUCAUCAUCCCCCUCGACACAACCCAAAACCUCCUCGUCGACAGCAUCUCCCCAACCCCGACUCGGAAAUUCCAUUUCCCCUCCAUGAACCCCUCCAGCACACUCCUUUCCACCCAAGCCUUCGCCGUCGCCGGCGUCUCAACCCACAAAGCCGCGGCUACGGAAACGCCGAACAUCGACGACAUUAUUGGCAAGACGGUCGUCUCGAUCUCGCAUGCUGGCAGCACCAGCGCUCCGCCUUCCCAGCAGAAGGCAUCGCCUAACAGCAAGAUCGAAGAUAACGAGCCACAGGGCAGACAGGUUCUCGUCCUGAGCACGGUGCUUGCGUCUGUCGCCGGGACGUUGGUUGGACUGGCAGUGAUGUGGUAUUUCCUAGCGAGGAGGAAGAAGAUGAGGAGGCGUAUGGAGAGGGAGGAGAUGAAGAAGGAAGGGGAUAUCCAGAGGAUGAGGAGCGUGAAUGGGAGGCCCGCUUGUGAGGAGUGGAGGGGCGAUGCGGUGAAGGAUGAUGGGCCGCCGGUUCUGGUGCUCGAGGGGUUGGAGAAGGGUGUUGGGUUUGAUGUCAGGGUCCAGGGAAGGAGUUGA